AUGAACAACACCAACGAAACCAAAAACCCCUUAAACAAUAAUGAAGAACACGAAAAAUUAGUACUCGAUUUAAAGCAAGAUAUUCAAAAUGCUUUAACUGACCGCGAUAAAUGGAAAGGUUCUUACGUUAAAGUUGAGCAAACCUUAGCGGAAACGGAAAGGAAACUUCGCCAAACUGAAGAAGAAAAAGAAUCUUUAAAAAGAGAAAAUCAUCGGCAAAGGAGAAUUGAACUCGACCAAAAGGAAACUAAGCAAGGCAAUGAAUUCUUAACUACUUUAACCCAAAAAAUAGUUCAAGAAAGAGUUUUAAAGCUUAUUCAUGCUAAUAAUCCCUUUCAAAUCUUUGCUAAAACUAACAUUGAAUAUAACGGAGCUUUUGGAGAAUAUAUUGGCACUCAGCCCUUAGAAGGAGUGAAGUGGAAGAAAGAAUUAACCGGAGAAGAUUUUAAGAAGUUACCGAUAGUUUUCUCUUGCCGUUUGCCCAUUAUGCUUGAUAAUGUCUAUCCUUCUAUUCAAAAUAAGCAAGUCAUGAAAAGAGCUUUACAAAGUCCUGCUCUCAUGGCUGAACUUUCCGAAAGACUAAUUGAUGACAUUAAAACUCAAGCUACUCGGGACAUUAAAAAGAAAGUCUUAGAAAAGCUUUGUCCGACUGACCCUACGGAAGUUUAUCAUGAUAAUGCUAUUACCAAAUGA